UUAUUUAUAUUAAAAAUUGGGCCAAUGGCGGAGCAGCAGAAGAAACGCUUGGAGAAUGCCAUAAGCGACAUGAUCGAGGACAUGUACCGUACGCACUUGCGCCAGAUGCAGUCUGCGAUGCAUCGCUGCGCUGCCAAGUGCUGUGACAAUGAGCGUGGAACGCUGGAGAGUGUGCAGAACUGCAUCGAGAAGUGCGCCGGUCCCCUGAUGGAUGCCCAGGAUUACCUUCAGCACGAGCUCGGACAAUUUCAGAACCGCCUGCAGAACUGUGUCAGGGAUUGCAACAGCGAUGCCCGCUCUAGUCUGCCCAGCAAUCCAAGCAACAAGGACAUGGCCCGAUCUCAGCACAUGUUUGAGGGUUGCACGGGCAACUGUGUGGACAAGCACAUUGACCUAUUACCUAGUCUGCUCAAGUCCAUCAAGCAGACCCUGGACCGGGGUCCGCCCAAACGGUCUGUUAUCCGGGACGCCAACUUGGAUGUCUGAAGUUUGUUCUGAAAAUGGGAGACCACCCAGGAAGCUCGCUCCUCGGAUAAAUUAAUACACCAUUCGGGGAGUUGUCAAUAAUUUCACUUAUAUAUUGAAGAUUUUUGGUAAAGAUAAACUAAGGCUAAUGAUACACUUAAAACGAAACUGCGAUCCGGGACGGACGGGCUUAUCGGAGGAAGGCUUAUCAGCUAGUCCAGUGCCCACGUGGCCCUCGCUCGCCCGUUUCCGAUUCCGAUCCCGGAUCUCCUUGGGCCCUAGCACGUUAAAUAUCUAGUAAUAAAGAUUCUUAGCAAUA